AUGGCAUCAUACAAAACACAAAUCAUCUCGAAGCUGUUGAACAAUACUGGUCUGAAAGGGAAACUGCAGACCUUUCCUGGAAAAAUGGUAAACACUGCCAUCUGUGAUGAAGAAAGAGGAAUUCAAGACAAGGAAGGUACAGAGGAGUCCAUUCUGGCCAUGCUUGGGAUCAUCGGCACCAUUCUCAACAUGGUAGUCAUCAUCUUUGUCUACAUCUACACCACGCUGUGACUGUGAUAAAAAUAAACUAUUUUGCAUUGAACAGGCCUAUUGGGCCUACUGGAUGCAGCCAUGUUGUUUGGCUGGGAGUUGAGACUGUGCCAAGAUGGCACUGUGUCGUCGAUCGACUUUCCCAACUAUCAAAGGGAUCUAAGGCUGUGUGAUUACCGCAUUAAAUGUAACAUACAGCAGCGUCAUAGAGUGGCGCUGAAACUAUGUCUAUGGGAGACUGGCCCGUUCUUAUGGGGUGUCAGUAUCAUACCUACUCUCUGAUGCUACUUUGACCUUUUAACCUGUAAAUAUGCAUGAGGCUAGCACGAGCCACGCUCUCACGAUCCAGCACUCUUUCACUGGUGCCAAGCCGAGGAGAAAAAAGAGACUGCAAUCGGGUG